AUGACUAGAGACAUUACUAACCACUUGCUCUUUGAAGUGGCUACGGAGGUUGCCCACAAAGUUGGUGGUAUCUACUCGGUGCUAAAAUCAAAAGCACCAAUCACCGUGGCAGAAUACAGAGAACGCUACACUCUACUUGGGCCCUUAAACUACCACUCCGCACAGAUUGAAGUUGAGGAGUUGCCUGUUAAGGACCCAUUGAUCAAGCAGACAUUGGACUCCAUGUCCAGCAAGGGUAUUCGAUGGCUCUACGGUAGAUGGUUGAUUGAAGGAGCUCCACGGGUUCUUUUGUUUGACAUUUGGUCUGCCGGUGGGUUCUUGAAUGAAUGGAAAGCAGACCUUUGGAACGUUGCCGGUAUUCCAACCCCAGACCACGACUCUGAAACCAAUGAAGCCAUCUUGCUAGGAUACAUUGUCGCUUGGUUCUUGGGAGAGUUGGUCUACAAUGAUAGAGACAGAGCAGUAAUUGCCCAUUUCCACGAAUGGUUGGCCGGUGUCGCUUUGCCAUUGUGCCGCAAAAGAAGAAUCGACGUGACAACCAUCUUCACCACCCACGCCACCUUGUUGGGAAGAUAUCUUUGCGCAGGCUCAACAGACUUUUAUAACAACUUGGCAAACUUUGAUGUAGAUGCUGAAGCUGGAAAAAGAGGUAUCUACCACCGUUAUUGCAUUGAGAGGUCAGCUACCCACUCUGCUGACGUGUUUACCACUGUGUCGCACAUUACCGCUUUCGAAAGUGAACAUUUGUUGAAGAGAAAACCAGACGGCGUGUUGCCAAAUGGAUUGAAUGUGGUGAAAUUCCAAGCAGUACACGAGUUUCAAAACUUGCACGCGGUUAAAAAGGCCAAGAUCAAUGAGUUUAUCAAGGGUCAUUUCUAUGGAAACUACGAUUUUGAUUUGGAAAACACAUUGUACUUUUUCAUUGCUGGUAGAUAUGAAUUUAGAAACAAAGGCUGUGACUUUUUCAUUGAAUCCUUGGCAAGGUUGAACCACAGAUUGAAAGAAAGCGGUUCCAAAAUGACGGUUGUCGCAUUCAUUAUUAUGCCGGGAAAGACUCAAUCAUAUACAGUUGAGACUUUGAAAGGUCAAGCUGUUAUUAAGCAAUUGGAAUCUACCAUUGAAGAAGUGCAAAAGAAAGUUGGUGAUCGUCUUUUUGAACACUGUGCUAGAUACCCAAACAUUGAACACGUUUCUGGUGACAAGUCAAACGAAGUACCGUCCAUUGACGAAUUAAUCAAGCCAGCUGAUCGUGUUUUGUUGAAGAGAAGAAUCUAUGCCUUGAAGAGAGACGGCUUGCCACCAAUUGUGACACACAAUAUGAUUGACGAUAGCACCGACCCCAUUUUGAACCAGAUUAGACGUGUUCAAUUGUUCAAUCGUCCUGAGGAUAGAGUCAAGAUUAUUUUCCACCCAGAGUUUCUCAAUGCAAACAAUCCAAUCUUGUCAUUGGACUAUGACGAAUUUGUUCGUGGUUGUCAUUUGGGUGUGUUUCCGUCAUACUAUGAGCCAUGGGGUUACACUCCAGCCGAGUGUACCGUUAUGGGUAUUCCAUCCAUUACAACAAACUUGUCGGGAUUCGGUUGUUAUAUGGAAGACUUGAUUGAAAACACUAGUGACUAUGGUAUCUACAUUGUUGAUCGUAGAAUGAAGUCUGUAGACGAGUCCAUUGACCAAUUGACUGAUUACAUGUUUGAUUUCUGUGAAAAGACAAGAAGACAAAGAAUCAACCAAAGAAACAGAACCGAGAGAUUGAGUGACUUGUUGGACUGGAAGAGAAUGGGCUUGGAGUACAUCAAGGCAAGACAAUUGAGUUUGAAGAGAGCAUACCCUGACAAGUUCAAGAAUGGGGCUAACCCAUUCAAUAACUCAUCGAAUUUGAAGUUGACAAGACCGUUAUCUGUUCCAGGUUCACCAAGAUCUAAAAUUGGAUUGAUGACUCCUGGAGAUUUGGGUAGUUUACAAGAAGCACAGGAAGGUUUGAACACGGAUGACUAUGUUGGAUUCAAAUUGGGAUUGGGUGCCGGUGAUGAUGACAAUAACGAUGAGGAAGAACGCCAUUAUCCAUUGACCUUGAGAGGCAAUUCCAUGCCGCCAGAGGAUGACUCUGUAUAA